AUGUAUUCUCUUCAAACCGCAUUGCCACCCUUUAAGCGAACUCAGAAGCAAGUGAGAUUUGCCGCUCCCCAGGCACAAGAACCUGUGGCCCGCAACCAUGCCCGAACAGUAUCAAUGCCUCUGUUACCCAGCCAGCAAAACUCUCUUGAUGUCUUGCUUGAUGCUAUUGAUUUGGACCAGCAGAUGAGCGAGCGUUUCAAGGACCAGGUUGCAAGAAAAUCAAAUGUCUCCAGAGGCCAUCCUUUCAAGCACCAGGCCGUUCGUAGAAGAUCUAGAUCUGCCCCCGGUACUCUCUUGCGGCUGCCAUCAACCACUCGCUGGUGGACAUCAAACACUCCCGAAGACAAGCCGCUCACUGACAACGCAGCCGAACUUGUAGCCUACCAAAUUGUACAAAAACAUAUCCAGAAUGCUAUUCACAAGUCUCCCUAUUCCAAAUAA